CAUUAAACAACAAGAAGAAGCAGCGCGCGGUGCUUGUAAAAAGUACAACGUGGGCGUAAGGUGGUAAGAGUAUAACAACAGUCAUCAAACGUUUUAUCUUCUACGAGGACCUUUAGUUUUUUAAGCCGUCUAAGGCAAAGAUCGUGUGGCUGUGCUGAGCUUCCUUAAUGCAACCCGUCUGGUCUCCAGCAGCUCGCGUUUCUGUUUCUGAUGUGUGUUUGGAAAGAUAUACGCUCUCGUUGAUCGUUGUAAACAAAGAACGUGUACUCGUGCUGACUGACGGGAGUAACAUGCCGGAAAGAGGAGGAAAAAGAAGGGAAAGCAUCAAACAAAACAAAAACCAACCAGUUCCAGCAAGUACAGAUGAACCAGUUGUGAACCGGAUGGAAAAGACUUUUACCACUAUGACGCAGCCCAGAAGACGCCAGAGCAUUGACAGUGAAGACAAAAGCUUCACAUGCGAUCAGUGUGGAAAGACUUUAACCCGGCGUAGCGGUUUAAAACAACAUCAGCUCAUCCACACUGGAUUCAAACCAUUCAGCUGUCAUCAGUGUGGAAAGGCUUUUACUCAGAAUGGCCACCUAAAAAAACAUCAGCUCAUCCACACUGGAUUUAAACCAUUCAGCUGUGAUCAGUGUGGAAAGACCUUUACUCAGGAUGGCAGCUUAAAACAACAUCAGCUCAUCCACACUGGAUUUAAGCCAUUCAGCUGUGAUCAGUGUGGAAAGACUUUUACUCAGAAUGUCCACUUAAAAAAACAUCAGCUCAUCCACACUGGAUUUAAACCGUUCAGCUGUGAUCAGUGUGGAAAGACUUUCACCGGGAGUAGCGGUUUAAAACAACAUCAGCUCAUCCACACUGGAUUUAAACCAUUCAUCUGUGAUCAGUGUGGAAAGGCUUUUACUCAGAAUGACCACUUAAAAAAACAUCAGGUCAUCCACACUGGAUUUAAACAGUUCAGGUGUGAUCAGUGUGGAAAGGCUUUUACUCAGAAUGGCCACUUAAAAAAACAUCAGCUCAUCCACACUGGAUUUAAACCAUUCAGCUGUGAUCAGUGUGGAAAGACUUUCACUGGGAGUAGCGGUUUAAAACAACAUCAGCUCAUCCACACUGGAUUUAAACCAUUCAGCUGUGAUCAGUGUGGAAAGACUUUCACUGGGAGUAGCGGUUUAAAACAACAUCAGCUCAUCCACACUGGAUUUAAACCAUUCAGCUGUGAUCAAUGUGGAAUGGCUUUUACUCAGAGUGGCAGCUUAAAAAAACAUCAGCUCAUCCACACUGGAUUUAAACCAUUCAGCUGUGAUCAGUGUGGAAUGGCUUUUACUCAGAGUGGCAGCUUAAAAAAACAUCAGCUCAUCCACACUGGAUUUAAACCAUUCAGCUGUGAUCAGUGUGGAAUGGCUUUUACUCAGAGUGGCAGCUUAAAAAAACAUCAGCUCAUCCACACUGGAUUUAAACCAUUCAUCUGUGAUCAGUGUGGAAAGACUUUCACUGGGAGUAGCGGUUUAAAACAACAUCAGCUCAUCCACACUGGAUUUAAACCAUUCAGCUGUGAUCAGUGUGGAAAGGCUUUUACUUCCAAACGUAACUUAAAAGGACAUCAGCUCAUCCACACUGGAUUUAAACCAUUCAGCGGGGGUCAGUGUGGAAUGGCAUUUGCACUCCAGAUAGAUUAAAAAAAUCAUCAACUAAUCCACCCAAUCAUCCAUCCAUCUUCUUCCGCUUUAUCCGGGGCUGGAUCGCUGGGGCAGCAGCCUAAGCAGAGAAGCCCAGACCUUCCUCUUCCCAGCCAACUCCUCUAGCUUUUCCCGGGGAACACCAUGGUGUUCCUAGGCCACCCGAGAGAUAUAAUCUCCCCAGCGUGUUCCGAGUCUGCCUCGGGGCCUCCUCCCAGUGGGACAUGCCCGGAACACCUCACUCAGGAGGCAUCCUUGUCAGAUGCCUGAAUCACCUCAACUGGCUCCUUUCGAUGUGGAGGAGCAGCGGCUCUGCGACUCUGAGCCCCUCCCGGAUGGCUGAAGGAGUAACAGAUGGGUUGAAGGUGGGGAUGGGAUUACAUUUAUUCUGAGCCCCUUCUUGUUUUCAUUAGCGACGGACAGACUGACAUAUGAGGUCAUUUAAGAGUCUCUGUUGAAUAUCUUGUUUGCAGAUGACAUUGUAAUCUAUAGUAGGAAUAGGAAUCAGGUGUAAGAGAACCUGGAGAGGUGGAGGUAUGCUCUGGAGAGAAGAGGAAUGAAGGGAAGGGAAAUAACAUGCCUAUCUUAAGCUGGCAGCUAGCAUGUAGAAAGACUUUCUCUGAAUUGUUGAUAUUAGUUUCUUACAUUUUCUGAUUUUUAAUCAAAUAGUCUUUUCAGAAACUCCUGAUUGUUGUUUCAUAAAUGUAAUGGCUAUUUACUAGAAACCUAAAUUAAACCCAUGAUUAAGAGUGUUAAGGAAUAAACAUAUAUUCUUAGUGCUUAUUUUCUGAUUAUAUUGUUUUUUGUACAUUGUAGUAAGGUCUGUGAGGAAAACUAGAGCUGUGUCCCAAAACGUCGGCCUUCAAAUGCGGCCUCCGGAGGAUGCAGCCGACGUUUUGGGACACAGCUUAGGUCAGAGGGUGACUGGUCGCCUUGGCAACAGAGACUUCAGUAAGGAGAAGUUAAAAAACAGGAAGCUAGGGUAGAGCUGCAUAGGCAUAUUAAUAAAACACAGGAAACCAGACAGAAAAGCAGAACUAGUAACACAGAAGGAGUUGUUUAUAUCGAAACUAUGUGUGUGUAACGUAUAGCAGAGCUAUAAACAGAAUUUAUUAAGAGGCCACGAUGCAGCAAGGGUUUGAAAUCUAUGCACGCAUCACAAAACAAACUGUUCAUUGAAGAUCGAAUUGAGGAAAAAUUUGUCACGUUAAAGUCACGCAAAUGUUGAAUUUAACUGUUCUGUGCAAACAUCUAUGUAAUCUUGCAGACCAAGCAUUAUUGUCAUCAUGUGAUCACAAAGAGAAUCAGAGCAUCUGAACGGAUUGCCUUCUAGCUCAA